GCUACGGAGACCUGGGCCGAGCGGAGAAGCCGACACUUCGGCUGGCGCGUGGAGUCGAAUAUGACUCGUUUUUCUGAGAUAUCUCGACGUUUUUAUCUCAAAAACUCAGUUGCUCCAUUUGAAGAAGACUCCACUCAUGAGUUUAAGGGUCACAGAAACAUAAGUGCAGAGGAGGUUCCACCAUGGUGUUAUAUUCCAGGAACAGACAGGCGAUCACGAAAGGCGGUAUCAAGGAAUAUCAAUGGGUUUUUAAAUACUGGUAAAGGUGGUACCAUUUAUCUUGGGAUUGUGGAUGAAGGCAAGGUGAAAGGCUUACUGCUCACACAAUAUCAGAGAGAUCAUGUCAGAAUUGCAGUUAAGGAUGCCUUGAGUAGAUACACUCCUCCUGUCCCUGAAGAAUGCUAUAAAGUUGAGAUUAUACCAGUCAUUGAUUCUGAAGAAAAAGUAGAUGAGUCAACAGCGUUCCUUGAUCUUCAAGAUGAUAGUUGCAAUGAAGUGGACAGUAACCGCUUGAGGCCACACAUCCUCAGGACAUCUGAUUUCUGCUGGUGUGAUAGCCAUGCAAAGGAACAAUUUUCUGAGGGAUUCCCUCCCUCUCUCUAUGUGGUUGAGAUUACUGUGUUUCCAUGGAAAAAACAGCAGCUUAAGAUAGAGAGAGGCCGUAUUCAAUUUGACCUCCAUCCUGUGUAUGAAGAUGAGGAGGGCAAAUGUCACUUUAGAAGACAAGCAAGCUUAGUUCAGUAUUCAGUUCAAGAAGUGGUGGAACUUACAAAAGCAGAAAUAAAAAAUCACUUUAUGCCUUUGCUGUUAAGCAGCCAAGAUGGACCCAUCUAGCCUGCUGUGUCUCAGAGAUGAGAUGAAAACCAUCCGAGAUAGGCACAAAUUACACAGUUGACAAUUGCCAGGAGCUCAAGUUCAAGAAAGAAUGUUGCAGCCAGGAUGCUUCUCAAUACUUCAUUUUGCAGUUUCCUUGGAAGUUCGCUUGAGACAGCCAUCAACAAAAGUGCAAUUGUUUAGGCGCAGUUACAAUGGCUUACAAAGCUACACAUACCAUUCUUAGUAGAGAUGAAACAGUUUAUGUGGAGAAUAGGUCACAUGUUACUAGUGGGCAAAGUUGUGAACAGUGUAUCAACUGAAAUCCCCUCAUCAAAAGGGUUUAUUUCUGAAUGAUUUAAAGCAUUUGGAAAUACAACUUACAGCAUAGUAAUUUUGACAUGAAUGACCUUCAAAUCUUUAUGGAUGUACUUCUUUGCAAGCUCCUUGAUGCUUUGAUCAUGGCUCUAAGUUGUAAUGGAAGCUCUUGGAGAUUUUGGUCAAACUUUGUUUUUUUGGUUGUUUGUUUUGUUUUACUCAAGAAUCUUCACACAGCCCAAAUUAGUAAAUCUGGCUAUCAUACAAGAGAUUUGCAGUAGUAUUUUUUACCAAAAAGCUUUGUUUGAAUUUUAUUACUUUUUUUGAAAUGUAAAUAGAGAGA